GGGGGCUGCGGGGGGGUGUGGGGGGAGGAGAGAGAGAGAGAGAGAGAGAGAGACCCGAGAGCGACCAGUACUGAGCACCGCACUGCAGAUCUUGGGAAGGUGAGUCUUCAGCUCUCUGUCCACUUCCUGCCAUCUCCACGGAUGAUCAGAAACGCUCCUGCCGUGUGCGUUGUGCGAGCAGAAUAAGAAACACCAUCAACAAACAUGGCAGGGCUGAGACACUGCUACGACGGCAAGAUUGCCGGUCUUUACGACCUGGAUAAGACUCUGGGGAAAGGCCACUAUGCCGUGGUGAAGUUGGCCCGACACGUCUUCACCGGGGAGAAAGUUGCCGUCAAAGUGAUCGAUAAGACCAAGCUGGACAAGUCGGCCACUGGUCACCUGCUGCAGGAGGUGAGGUGCAUGAAACUGGUCCAGCACCCGAACGUGGUGAGGCUGUACGAGGUGAUCGACACCCAGUCCAAACUCUACCUGAUCUUGGAACUUGGGGACGGGGGCGACAUGUUCGACUACAUCAUGAACCACGAGAAGGGACUGUCCGAGGACCAAGCCAAGAUCUACUUUGCCCAGAUCGUGCAUGCCAUCUCCUACUGCCACAAGCUGCAUGUGGUGCACCGGGACCUGAAGCCGGAGAAUGUGGUGUUCUUCAAGGAACAAGGAGUCGUCAAGUUGACCGACUUUGGGUUUAGUAACCGAUUCCAACCCGGGAAGAUGCUGACCACCAGCUGCGGGUCUCUGGCUUAUUCAGCACCUGAGAUCUUACUGGGAGACGAAUAUGAUGCACCUGCAGUGGAUAUCUGGAGCCUGGGAGUGAUCCUCUAUAUGCUGGUGUGUGGAUACCCACCUUUCCACGAGGUUAAUGAUAGCGAGACUCUCACCAUGAUCAUGGACUGUCGCUACACAGUCCCACAGCACAUCUCUGCUGACUGCAGGAAUUUGAUCUCAAGGAUGUUACAGAGGGAUCCGAAGAAACGGGCAUCUCUGGAAGAGAUUGAAGGCCAUCCGUGGCUCCAAGGCAUUGACCCAUCACCAGCCAAGAAGCUGAGCCUGCCCCUCACGUCUUACAAAAGCCUCUCUGAGGAAGAGCAUGAAAUAAUUAUCCAGGCCAUGGAAUGUGGCAACAUCGCACAAAGGGAGUUGAUCCAAGAGGCUCUGGAAGCAGACAAGUACAAUCACAUCACGGCCAGCUAUUUCCUACUGGCGGAGAGGAUUUUGAGGGAGAAGCAAGAAAAACAGACCCAGAGUCGGAACCUUAAUCUGGAAUACAACUGGACCACCCACGUACAAUGCAGGCCAUCUCUGUCCGCACCAGAAAACAGCUUUGUGGAUGCCACUGAUAAUAGCCCCUUGCCUGAAGUGCAUAAUGGGUUUUCAAUAAAGCACUCUACUAACACGAAAGGCCCAACAAAACAGCCAGAGGCUAUGCAGAAGGACAUAGAGAAGACGGAAACGAGUAACAUAAAAGAUAUUGUGAAAAUCGUGAAUAAUGCCCAGGACAGUCCUGCAUCUCCUUCGCCAAUGAGAAUUCUACUUCGAUCUUCACUGGAAACAUCUGUCAUGCCAAAGAAUGUGCCUGUCCUCCAACAGAUAUGUGAAGAAGAUGAAGAGGAGGAGGAAGAAGACAUUGCAGAAAUGGAGGUCAAAGCCACACCUUUGCCAAGCGUGAUGCCAGCUCCAUGUAGUGGUGCUAACCAACAGGUCAACAGUGUCAUCCCCUUGAGCUGUCCCAACAAAGACUCCGAUAAGGGUGAUGGCAACAAACUGUUUCGUGAGAUGUGGAACUGUCAGCGUGAAAAUGGGGUGAUGAGCUCCUCUGUUGAAGUCCAAGGAUCAGUGGGACCACUUUGUUGCAGCAGGUGGGCUGAGAAAAGUGAGCAGGUUUCAAAUUACUUUGGAAAUAGACCAAUCAACCUGAUGAACGAGAGCAACAACAACAGCACCAGCAAAAGUGUCCUCAGAGCUCCAGUAGACAUUAGCGCCAUCAGUGUUGAGAAGCCACCUCCUUGCCUGCAUGCUCACCAAUGUCUGAGCAGUCUAGAUCCCAAAGUUACAGAGCCCACAAUGUCCACGCAGAUAAGCACUGACUUAGCAAAGGAAAAACUGCAGAUGCUUAAGAAGUGUGAGGGGCCGAGUGUGGAAAGUCCAAAGCACUUGAUUGAUCGAAUGGCUGAGAACAGUGGGUUAGCAAAUGACAGUGCAUGCUUUGACAGCAGUGCAGACCCUGUGAAUAAAUUUGACCCUACUCGGUCGAAAAAUGUAAAUAUCAGGGACAGGAUUCUGCAGAUCCCACUCUGUGAGAAAGCCCUUUCUUUUAAGAUAAAACCAAACUCCAAGGAAAAUCUCCUCUCUUUUGGACAGUUCAACUGUUGUCAUGUAAUUUAGUUUUUUUAAAAGAAUUAUGUACUUUGUGCGUGUCUACACACACUCGUUGUAAAUAUGUAUCAUCUUUUACAGACAAGGGGUACGGCAUUAGAAAGGGAUGACAUUUGAGGUCACUUUCUGACUUUGCACUCCCAGAGCGGGAGCCUCGUCUGUCGUGAAUGCAUAUUGGAAAGCAGGACAUGCACUCUGUGUGAUUUUCUGACCGUUCAGUUAAAUAGUGGGACACACACCAUUAGUGAUGCAUAGACCAAGCUGCCCAUCUGAAGUGCAAAGUUGGGAAAAUAGCCCUUUAAUUCUCAUAACUGAAUAACGGGUAUAAGCUAAAUACAAUUUGGUGCUUCUGUCUGGGUUGCAAGAAGGUUCAAAGUGGUUCUCCAUAUUUUAUAAUAUAUUUUAGAACAUCUAACUUAGAAAAACCUUCACUGUUCUACCAUGUUGGAACAUAAAUGGGUAGUCCUGUGGUGUUUGUACCCUUUUAGGCACAGACCCUGUAUCCCACCUUAAAUUUCCAGAUAAGUUCACCAUUAUCUUGACAACCCAUUAGUUGAAUGGAGAGGUGGUGUUUGGGGGAUUUAUUUGUGUAGAUUCUAUUACAGCAUACUGUAGCCAUCUACUGCCCUGGUGCAGUUAACUGAAAUGUGUACAUAUUAAAUGUACCUCUUUCAUUGUCACAUUUAUAUUAAAAAAUCUAGAGUGUUCGCA